AUGGCGCCCUCAGUUACACUGCCGUUGACCACGGCCAUCCUGGCCAUUGCCCGGCUCGUCGCAGCCCAGCAACCAGGUACCAGCACCCCCGAGGUCCACCCCAAGUUGACAACCUACAAGUGUACAAAGUCCGGGGGAUGCGUGGCUCAGGACACCUCGGUGGUCCUCGACUGGAACUACCGCUGGAUGCACGACGCAAACUACAACUCGUGCACCGUCAACGGCGGCGUCAACACCACCCUCUGCCCCGACGAGGCGACCUGUGGCAAGAACUGCUUCAUCGAGGGCGUCGACUACGCCGCUUCGGGUGUCCAGACCUCGGGCGCCUCCCUCACCAUGAACCAGUACAUGCCCAGCAGCUCUGGCGGAUACAGCAGCGUCUCUCCUCGGCUGUAUCUCCUGGACUCUGAUGGCGAGUAUGUCUUGUUGAAGCUCAACGGCCAGGAGCUGAGCUUCGACGUCGACCUCUCGGCCCUGCCUUGUGGAGAGAACGGCUCGCUCUACCUGUCCGAGAUGGACGAGACGGGAGGCGCCAACCAGUAUAACACGGCCGGCGCCAACUACGGGAGCGGCUACUGCGAUGCCCAGUGCCCCGUCCAGACCUGGAGGAACGGCACCCUCAACACCAGCCACCAGGGCUUCUGCUGCAACGAGAUGGAUAUCCUCGAAGGCAACUCGAGGGCCAAUGCGUUAACUCCCCAUUCCUGCACGGCCACUCUGCCGGUUGCGGCUUCAACCCCUAUGGCAGCGGCUACCCGAACACGAAGCAUGACUGACACUCUCCCCUCCAGCUACUUCGGCCCCGGAGACACCGUCGACACCUCCAAGCCCUUCACCAUCAUCACCCAGUUCAACACGGACAACGGCUCGCCCUCGGGCAACCUCGUCAGCAUCACCCGCAAGUACAGGCAAAACGGCGUCGACAUCCCCAGCGCCAAGCCCGGCGGCGACACCAUCUCGUCGUGCCCCAUCUGGAACGACAACAGCCAGUACAUGAACUGGCUCGACAGCGGCAGCGCGGGCCCUUGCAGCAGCACCGAGGGCAACCCGACCAACAUCCUGGCUAACAACCCCAACACGCAUGUUGUGUUCUCUAACAUCCGCUGGGGAGACAUUGGGUCUACUACCAACUCGACUGGUACAACUCCUCCUCCUCCGCCCCCGCCGCCUGCUUCCAGCACGACCUUGUCGACUACUAGGAGGUCCUCGACGACUUCGAGCAGCCCGAGCUGCACGCAGACGCAUUAUGGCCAGUGCAAUGGCAUUGGGUACACGGGCUGCAAGACUUGCGCGGCGGGUACUACAUGCCAGUACAGCAACGACUAUUACUCGCAAUGUCUCUAG